AUGACUAGUCGUUUUCUUCCGCUACUUCCCGUGUUGAUUGUCCUCGCUUUGUUGGCAACCAGGGUUCAAAGCACAGAUGGUAAGUGAAUUUCAUCAGAGUUGACUAUGGGCUUAAUUGCCUAUUUCGAUAAGACGACCUUCCUGAUCUUCUGUGAAAACCGUUGUCUAAAAUAACACCUUGAAACGAAACCGUAUGCAACGAUCGAAGCGUGGGAUGCGCAAUUAUUGAGGAAAUUGUUUCAAGUAUAGACUUUGUCUGAAAAGGAGUAAGUCUCAGUUGGUCGUUUCUGUAAAGUUGAAAAUUUUGCCAACUCUUGCUUCUCUGGCUAAACGACCAAAUAUAACCGACUUUUAAUCUCUUUUAAUUUUUGCAUUUACUUAUUUCAUCCAUUUGUCUUUUGUAAUUUCCUCCAAAAGAAGAAAAAGAAACCACGGGAAUGGAGGGGGAAAGAUCUAUCGCGUUUUUGCGCGCGAAGAAACAGACAGAGAAAGCAAAGUUUGGGCUUCCCCGCCUUUGAGUACUUACAGAACAACAAACCACAGACGAGUCCAAGGCCUCCUUCAAAUUUUUCCAUUUUGUCUUAGCUCAAAAACUUUGAUGAAACCAACAAUUAUACGUGCCGGCGCUGUUAAUAAAUGAUUCAUGUUUUUCUUCCUUACAGAAUGCACUUCUUACAGCACCAUAAACGACCCAACCCGGUCUGUGUCCAAUGAAACAGACAGUGAAUUUGCACUCUGUGACAAAGGAAUUCUUACCUCGGAAAGCUGGGUUCGCUUUACUGGCAGCGGAGGAACAGUCAUUCCUAACAACCCGCCACAGGCAUACCACUGCGGAACAAAUUCUUCAGGUUGGAUCCGUGGUGCCCAUCCUGCUGUUGCUGAAGGGGUUGUGCAACGAGAACUUUGCUAUCGUUAUAACGAGAAUGAAUGUGGAUUUGACUCGUAUGAAAUUUCAAUUCGGAACUGCGGCUCUUUUUUUGUCUACAAACCACCAGAUCUGACACAGUGUAAUCUACGACUUUGCACCGGUGUGUAUUUUUUUUCAAUCAAACUAGUCAUUGUUGUUAAGGUUUAUAAUAACAUUAAUAUAUCAGUUAAUAUGAUGGGAAGCUUGCUUACUUUCCCGAGAAUCACAUAACGAAAAGUACAGGAAAAGAGCAUUUAAGGAGUAAAGAAUAUACACAUUCUUUUAUCUACCAAAACGAAAGAUAGACGAAAGACAAAGCAGAGAAAGGUCGAAGAACAAGAAUAAACGAUUAAAAUAAACUAAUUUAAAAUGGUAACGUAAGGAAACAGAUGAAGCUAAACGAGUAAAAGAAACCUAAAAGAGUUACGUCUGUACUGAAAUGAACGAGAGGAAAAACUAACUACCCAUUAAAGCGGUCACUUCUACACUACGCUUUUUUGUGAUCACAAUUUCUUCAAUUUUUUUUGUACCUUCGUUUUUUAUUUUCAGUUGCUAGAUAAUAAGUUUUGAUUUCCUAUCACGAAAUUGCUCAGGGCUCUUAAAGAUUGGCAUGAAACAGAGAACCAAAAUGUUAGCGUUGAUGCUUACUUUAACGUAUCUUUUUUUCCAAUGAGUAAACAGGAAUUUUUUUAAUAAAUUAACCAAAAAAUUAGCUUAUGAAAUAUGAAAUAACAGGUUUUAUUUACACUUUUUGUCCUUAAAGAACGAAAAAUAAUUUUUUUAGCCCCACUUUGAAGUUAAAUAACACGAAAGUGUUAUCAAGUUCACGUGAAGACAAUCGUUAUAUGACAGCUUUAAAUUUCAUUUAGGCUUUUUGCUUAUAUACGAAAAUUCAUUUACAGCAAUGUAUUCUCAUUUUAAUGUUAAAUACAUUCUUUAAUGUUAUUGUGCAAUUUAAUAAUAACAGUUCUCAGCUGCAUUAAGAACUUCAUUUAAUUUCAAUUAAGUUUGUGUUCCAGUAAUUGCUUAUCCUUCUAUUGCUUCGUGGAUCAAGCAAUUUACGUAAACCUAGACAAUUGGGCGCAUUUUCGGACAGUUAUUGAGCUAAUAUUUCUUCGGCCUGCUCUUACCAGAAUCUCCUAGUGGAAUACCUUGAAAUCUUGCUUCUUCCCGGUUGUUUAACUCUUGAAUGGUAGGUUGAGAGAUAUCGGCCUUGAUUGCAGCUUUAAGAACACUGAUCGCUUGUUCCACGAUAUUGAGAGACAGACUUUAAGGAGGCAGCAUCUUAAGCUCUCUAUUACUCUUGAAUUGUUAGCGUUCCGAUGUGCUGGAGCUCCAUCAUAUAUAAAUAUCACAAGGUCGUCCGGAUUCAGGUUCUGUCUUGCUUGCGCUAAGAAGUCGUUGAAGAGGCGGGCAUUCAUUCUGCAAAUUUGCUCUGUGUGAUGGACGAGUCCAUUCAGCGGAGACAAAGCCAUGGUGAUCGUCACAUAUGUUCCGCACUGGCCACAUGUUAGAUGAUACACUUGCUCUCCAACUCUCGCUCUUCCAUGAUUUCUAGUCGUCCAAAUACUCUAGCGGCAUUCAUCAAUGAAAAGGGUGUAAUUCACAAUCUCUGUGGUCAUGAACCAGCUAGCGUAAUCAAUGCGUAUCUGAAUAACAUCUGACUUCUUCUUAUCCGCUGGUAAUGGUCUAGCCAGUUUUACACGUACCAGCGUUCUGACAAGAACUUUUCCAAUCGUCCUGUUGUGUAUGAAAGGUUUUACCGGCGAUCUUCUACGAAGCCCUUGGUCUAUUUCUCUCAAAGUAAGCAGGCAAUUCUCAUUGAUUAUGUCACUCAAGCACUCCUUCUUUUCUUUAUCGACUUAAACGUUGUUACGACCACCACGUGCCCUUUCAUGCAUUCGUCCUUCCCGGACAUAUUUUGCCAUAUAAUGCCUCUCGCUGUAGACCCGUUUACCCCUAAGGUAUCUGCAGCCAAAGGGUCUUCAAACGCCCUUACUAACCUUUCUCGAUGCUCGUUUGGAACACGGUUUAUGUGUUCUGAAAGCCAUUUCUGCAAGAAGAAUCUGAACGGCUUCAUUAUCAGAUAUAAAGACGCCUCGAAAUCCUGCGGUAAAAUUUAAUUAGUGAAAUUGAAAUUUUCCUAAUGUUGAAGAAGAAUAGAAUGGCGCUAAUGAGAACUCAGUCACAUUAAAGAAGGUUUUUCACGUUGAAAUGAAACGGUUAAUGAAUAGUUAAUUAACGGUUAGUGUUAAUGAAUACUUCUUUUGAUGUUAAUAUGCUAAAUGAAUGUAUCGCUAACCUGAUAACAACAAUUUGGUACAGAAAUCCUCGACCAAUGCUUUUUCGAACCAGUUGGUGUUUCCAGUCACAUCGUAAUCCCUGAUAAUCAGAUGACAGCUUCAUCCCAUUAUAGAAUAGAAAACUACUCUGCGAAGUAUGGACGACUUUUUAACGAGUCAGGUUACGGUUGGUUUCCAAAGAACAAUAAAAAAACAGACUGGCUUCAGGUUGAUCUUGGUAAAGAGUUUCUAGUGUGUGCUGUUGCUACCCAGGGAGGCAAUUACAAUGGAGAGUGGACGACAGCUUUCAAGCUUCUUUACUCUUCCGAUGAUAAAAAUCAGCAAACUUACCAAGAUGGAAAUGGCGUGGACGUGGUAAGUUGAAUUAUUAUCUGAUCAGUUUGAGUGUCAAAAGUAAUUCAGCUUCCCCUCCCACUAUGACUGCUCUGGAAAACUCGCUCCACCGCCACAUCCAUUGAGAUGCAAAACUGUGACCAAUCCGGAUUUGACCAGACGUAUUUUUUCUCGAUUAAGGCGGACCGUCUUUUUUACUUUGAACUCACAUUUUAAACGUUCGUGAUGGUAUUUCCCUUUCCUCUGUUUUUGUUGUCAUAACUUUGGUUACCCUAAUACCUCUCAAUCAAAAUAAGCCCAACCUUUAUGUUUUUCGGUGAUGCACAUUACUGUAAAUCAACAGCUGUUGAUUACAUCAGCAGUCUAUGUCAGAUCAGUCACAAGUCACUUCCUACAAAUUUUUCACGACGGUUACAGCGAGUUGCUAUUACCAGAAGACGAAACUGACUGAUUCUGAAAGAAAUUCGGGAUAUAGAAAUGGAACAUGUUAGGAAAUUUCAUCAGAAAACUUGCCAAAUCAUCUCUGAAAAAACAAUUUUUAAAAUAUCUGAUUGGCCAAUUGUAAUACCUCAAAGAGUUCUUAAUACAUACGAGAUUGCUUAUUUCAGGAAAAGAUGUGUUCCAUGUUUUUCCUUAUUUUCCCUAGGAAUUUUACAGAGUUGGUAAAAAUCAUGGUGUGGACCGACAUAAGCUGUCAAGACCAGUGGUUGCAAGAUACAUUCGCUUCCAUCCAACAAAGAAUCAUAACUGGGACAGUCUGAGAGUGGAGGUGUAUGGCACCAAACAAGGCGAGUUAAUAACUUAGCGCUGGUCCUUUUCUGUUAAUGGUCCUACCCAUCAAAAUCGAUAGAGUGCUUAUGGGAAACAUACCCUAACAAAAGAUUGCCAAGUUUUGGACGUCAAGUUCAUUCUACGAAGGAAAUAAAUUUGUGCUCUUAAAGUCUUAAAAAUACGGUCAUACAAUCACCAAAUAGAUGAGGACACCGUUUUUCGCUUUAAAUCAUUUUAUAAAAAAAAACUCGUUCAUAGUAAAAGAGGAUACUAGUCCAAAUAUUGAUUUCAUGAUAAUUGAUAUAACUGCGCUUCACUUGCGUGAGACUUUUUUCCAAAUUGACUUCUUUUCUUUCGAAUUGUUUAGAAUUCCUAGAACUUCCCUGUGAUUAUUCGUGUUUACAAGUGUGGGAAACUUACAGUAACCAGCGGAAAUAUUAGCGACUUCUUCCACCUCUUUCUUAUUGUAGAGAAUGCGACUAAUUUUUAAUCGUAACACGAAAAGGAAAAGGCGUAUUUAUGAAAAACAAACAAAUAUUGCCAAAGUUAUGCAAAGGAAAAAGACCUGAUGUGAUCAUCAACCUGUUUGUUUUGAUUCAAAUUUCAGUAGUUAUAAACGUAUCGUCAUGUGUAUGGUUGACUGCUUUAAGUAAAACAAAAAAGUGAUUCCAAAAUGAUGAAUUUUAUCAUUAUAACCUGUUCAGCCUUUUAUCAUUUGAAAUUCUUCAACUAGUUUACUGAACUCUAUUCUUUAUCCUGGAUUAUAAAUGAUCUCUUUAAAAAUUAAUAAAGGGGUAAGUUUCUAAAGAAACUGUGGUGCUGCGUCGGUGGGAGAGUAUAGCAGGUAAUUUAGUGUUAACAACUGGGUUGAAAACGUAAAUUAGCCACCGUAAAGGGUAAAAAAGCUGACGUUUCGAGCGUUAGCCCUUCGUCAGAGCUCACUAAUCUGAAUCCUAACACCUUUAUGUAUCUUCAAGAGUUCUCUUUAGCUACAAUUAUACUUAUAAUAUUAUAAAUAUCUUAUUUCAAAUUAGCUUCUAUACCAGCUGAGUGUAGCCCUUCGCAGUAUCAAGAACUUAAUGAAGCGGACAGAUACUGGAAUGCUUCCGUUAAGUCUUAUCUUGCUUGCGAUAAGAAUUUUAGUAUCCAUGGUGCGUGGUACCGUUUCACCGGGGCCGCUGGUUCAAUGAUGGCGCCUUAUUGCAUUCCAAAAAAAAGUUGCAUUACCAAUGGAGCCGGCUGGAUCAACGGUAGCCAUCCGUCUGAAACUUACCAGCUGGUGUCGACAAACGCUUGUUUUCACUGGGGGUCAAAUUGUUGUGUGAAGUCAAGUCCAGUUCAGAUACGAAAUUGCAGUGGAUACUACGUGUAUAAGUUACAAAAACCGGAGACGUGCUACUAUCGUUACUGCGGUGUGAACGGUUUGUACGUUUAUUUUCACGUUGAUCAAUUGCAAAGUUCAUUUUCCUCAAUAUAACGCAACAUCAGCUUCAUGUUAAUAAGAAGAUAGCUAAAGUUUAAGAAAUGGAGUUUUCGAAAACGAUUGCGAUUAAAAUUUCGGAAAGGCUAAAAACAACGAAACAAGGGUCCACGAUUAUCGGUGUUUAUCCCCAAAGCAGCUGUACAGCGUGUAUGAAAAAUGUGUUUGGAGAGCGAAUUGUGCUAAACUGAUAAGAAUUAUACAUGAAACUGAUGUGAACAGAAGAAAAGGGAACAGAGUUGUCGGAAAUUGAUGUGACGCGAUGUAGGUGUGGCGCUAAUUAGUAAUGAUUUACACACCAUAAGAAAAAAAAAGGUUUGUGUUACAUGUGUAGUCUCAUUACAAAGCGAUCAAUACAGGAGAAUAAUAAUAAUAAUAAUCAUAAUAAUAAUAAUAAUAAUAAUAAUAAUAACAACAUCAACAAUAAUAACAAACUUUAUUUUUUUAAGUGUCUCGUAACUUUAGCAUGGUGUUGCCAAUUGAGGACACGCGAACAUAAAUAAAAAAAUGAAAGAUAUACACUUAGACGUGUGUGAGUUAAGAAAAACGAGAAAAAAAACUAAUAAAUACAUACUAUAAGUGAUAGAGAUAUAAAUAUAAAGUUAUGUGUAUAUGUACAAUGUUAAAAAUUAUAGGAUUAUAGAAAAGUCUAAGUCAUCGAAGAAAUUCUCAACACAAGUAGUACAAUGAUCAGUGAGAGCGCUCGAACAAGGCAAAGAAUCCAAACCGAGUAAUGAUGACAAAGAAGCAAUUAGCCGAGGUAAAUGGCAGAAUCAAAAUGCUGCACUUCGAGCUCAACAAGACGGAUGAUAUUAUCGGAAAACAAGACCGACCAGCCUUCGAACGCCACCAAACAUCAAUUACAAGUACAGUCAGUGCUGUGGACACGCUUAAGUCUACGAUUAAAGAGAAGAAAUUUGCGAAAGGAAGAAAGCGAAGAAGAAAACGCAGCAUGGAGCUAAGAAAUCGAGCUACUUCUCGAGAAAGAGGACGAGAUCACUUCAAGGAUCCAAAGAACAAUCAAGGCUCUAGACAACGAGGAAGAAGAGGAACAAGCGGUUGAGAAGCACAAACAGAAGUUGGAGUUUGAACGAGAACUACUGAAACAAAAUGCAAAGUUCGAGAAGAACCACAGAACAACCAAGACUAUUUUCAGCAGCCAAGCUUCCCAAAGAUUCAAUAACGAUGUUUAAUGGAAAGAUAGAAGAGUUGCUUCCCUUCUCGGGAAAAUUUACUUCUCAAAUAGACUCCACUGGCCUGACACCCCUCACUAAACUUGUAUAUUUGAAGGAACUAGUAGAAUAACACGUGAGAGCUGAUAUUAACGGAUCACCAUUCACUGAGGAGGGAUACGAAAAUGUGAAAGCUAUUGUCGAAGCAAAGUAUGGUCAGUCAACAGAAAUUGUAAAUGCGUAUGUGAAGAAUAUCAUGAAGCUGCCGAUUAUCACCGGAACAAAUCGGCAUAAGGUAAAGGAAUUUUACAAGUAACUGCGGUUCAAUGUGCAGAGUUUGAACACGCUUGGACGGCUAGCAGAUGUCAAAGGAAACGUGAGAUCUACUUUGGAUAAGCUCAAAGGAAUCAAAGCCGAUCUGGUGCGUGGAAGUAAUUUUCGCAUGGCGGAAACCAGCGUGUCUGCUAUAAAGAUACCAAGCACAGAUCAAUUGAUGUACUAAGGUCACUGGAGUGGAUGAGAAGCGUAAAAUACUUUAUGAGAAAAGACUGUGCCUUAAUUACACCGGAGCAAGACAUCGCGCAGAUGGGUGUAGGAGCAAACAAAGUGUCAAGUAUGCAAUCAGAAACAUCGCACGUCAAGAAAAAAAAACCGAUACACUCCACAGGAAUGCCAACGGCUCAUGUGACAUGUCCAGUUGUUAUCUUUCAAAGAAUUUAAUCCCUAGCAUUGUUGGACAAAGGAGCGGGCAAUUCCUAUGCAUCUGCCGUGUUUUUAGACCGAAUUUCGAGUGGUAAACAAAAGAAAGUCCGAAAGAUAGAGAUGUUUCUUGAAGCUUCAACGAGAGAAGUAGAGCUGGCGAUGAUUGAGAUUUCUGACGUAGAUGGGAGGUUUACAAUGCCUGUGGAGGUCACUAGAGGGCACCUAAUUUUCCUUGACAACCAAAAAGUAUGGAGAAAUGAUUGCAGGGAAUCCACAUUUUUUGGGGGUCGUAAAGAACGAUCAGGACACCAAGCAUCACCUGCCAGUGCAUUUUAAUACUUGGAGCCGGUGAAUCCGCCAAAGUUAAAACGGAAAAUGCCCUGCAAAUCAGCAAACCUGGUCAGCCUGUUGCUGGGUUGACAAAGUUAGGGUGGAUCAUCAUGUCACCAGGUAAAGGGCCUUUAGACCUAGCAAACAUCUGGAUUACUAGGGACUUUGUCGUCUUGAAGUACUUGGCUUCUCUGACACCCCCCUCGAACGACGAGAGUAGCGUGUAUGUUGAAUUCAAAGAGCAACUUAUGUGAGACGAUGAGGGUUGGUACAAGAUCGGUCUGGCCUGGUAUGGAGAUCAUCCAGUGUUGCCCAACAACAGAGAGGGAAGUUUGCGCCGACUUGGAAGCCUGAACAAGAAGCUUGGGCACCAGAACCUGAUAUGUGAGUACACAGAGGUUAUUGAGGAUCAGAAGAAGGGGGGCGUUGUCAAGAGAGCUAACGAAACAUGAGUAGGCGGGCGAGAAUUCUAUAUACCGCUCAAACGGGUUGUGCGAGCCACCGCAGAAUCAACAAAGCUACGAGUUGUGUAUGACGCUUCUGCCAGAGCCAUUAACGGCGCUCCAUCGUUUAACGAUUGUUUGCUCACAGGACCGCCACUACAAAACAAACUUUGGAACGUGUUAGUUAGAGGAAGAUUCAAUCCUGUAACCAUCAACGGGGAUUUGCAGAUGGCGUUUCUGAAAAUUUGCCUUCUGCGUUACAGAAAACAUUUCUGAAAGAUGAAGCUUCGAUGAUCUUUCAAGAUGCCUGCUUCAACCUUCAUACGUGGCAAUCUAACGUUCCCGAGCUCGAAUCGGCUCAAGUUCCAAAGCAAGAAAAAGAACCAACCUACGGAAAGCAGUGGUUAGGUGUCCCAUAGGAAGAAUUCGCAAGUACCCUUGGACUCUUGUGGAACAGAAAAGAAGAUUCAUUAAGUAUCACAGGCCCAGCUGAAAAAGUGAUCCUGUCUAAGAGAGGUAUCUUAGCUAAACUAGUUAAGAUAUAUGACUCCCUGGGACUUGUCUCACCUGAGACACUUAAAGGGAAGCUCAUCUUUCGAGCAGUUUGCGAUACAUAGAGGUCCUGGGAUGCAGAACUACCACGUGACCUAGCCAAGUCCUGGACCAAGUGGGAGAGUGGAUUGCCUCAAACCUUUGACGUAUCGAGAGCGCUGGCUGUCGAUCGAGAGAAAGCCGAGCACAUAGACUUACCAUUCAUUUGAGGACAAAUGAGAGAGUGGAGUCGCAGCCUGUGUUUACGCAAUCGUUCGACAAACAUCGGGAACCAACCAAUGUCUGAUUACAGCCAGAUCUAGGUUGUCCAAACAAGGUCUGACUAUCCCACGGCUGGAACUAGUCGCUGGUCACAUGGCCGUGAACCUUCAGAGAUGCCCUGGACGGGCUUCCCAUCAGCAGUACAUACUGUUGGCUGGACGGUUCGGUGACCUUGUACUGGAUCAGGGGAUAAGGAGAAUACAAACAGUUCAUGGCAAAUCGCGUAAGGAAGAUAAAGAGCUACGAGGGAGUGACCUGGCGCUAUGUUCCCACAGGAGACAACUCUGCCGAUUUUGGAAAUCUUGGAGGACGUUUGAAAGGAGCUAGUCUAUGGUGGCAUGGUUUCAAGUAGCUCGCAACCCCCGCAAAUUGGUCAGCCGACGCACUGAACCAUCCUAUUGAAGAAAGCCAUACCCAAGCAAAACUCGUUCAAAGAGUGCUAGCAGUUGUGCUUGACGCGAGAAACGAAGUAGAAGAAAUACUUCACAAAUUCCAGUUACGCAAAGCCAUAGUAUCUGUGCGUGGAUGAGAAGAUUCGCACACGAAACUCUCCGUAACAGAGGUACUCCUCGCAUAGUGGGAUCGCUGACCACCGAAGAGGUUAGUCGUCAGAGCUUGUUUUGGGAGAGGGACGCUAAAAAGAGUAGUGACACUGAGCGAGAUCGUGUGGCGUUAAAUUUACAGCCCAAUAAAGAUUGUUUAUGAGAGUGCUAAGGCCGAGUACCCUUGGAGAGUACCCAAUAUACUUGCCAGCCACAGGCAAUCUUGGUCUGUACUCUUAGUCUCCGACUUGUGGAAGAAGUACACCAGAAGACGCUACAUGGAGGAGUGGGGCUAACAAUGGCCGAGGUGCAUAGUCGGCACUAGGUCCCAAAGUUGAGGUAGCUGGUGAGGAAAGUACGGAAGGCCUGUCACGGAUGCAAACGAUUUCAAACAAUGGCAUACGCAGCUCCUUCCCCUGGAAAUUUGCCGACUACCCGGACUCGAGGGCCUAAUCCGUAUCAACUGGUCGGAAUAGACUCUGCUGGACCUAUACGAUAUGGAGUAUCUGAGCAAUGAGAAGGGAAAGCAUGCGUCUUCUUAUAUGCCUGCAGCCUCACGCGAGGAGUCUUUCUGGAUCUCUCACUUAAUCUAGAAGUGGCAGAGUGUUUAAAGAGCUUAAGGAAAUUUAUUGCGCGCCUGGGGAGCCCCCUACUCGGAUAAUGGUCGAACCUUUGUUGGUACUGCAAAGUGAAGGACAAACGACUAGAGACCUACCUCUCCACCAAUCAGAUCAAAUGGCAGUUCAACGUCAGUCGUGCACCGUGGUGGGAAGGACAGUUUGAAAGAAUGAUCGAUCUGAUAAAGUCAGCCUUGCAAAAAAUCAGGAAAUGUAGAGAUCACCCUUAACAACCGACCGUUAAGCUAUGUAUAAGUGGACGUGCAGUUGCCUAUCCUGACACCCUGAGUUACAAACACAUCACAUCAAGGCCUAUGGCCUGUACAAGAGAGCAAAACACCUGCUGAAAUGUAAGGAGGCCAUGCAGGGCCGUUGGUCCAAAGGGUACUUGCACAGCCUUUGCGAGGGUCAUCGCGCUCAGGCGGGGACUGGGGGAGACAAACCUGGAGUGGGUGACGUAGUCAUAAUACAAUCAGAGGACAAGAACCGAGGAAAGGGGCCAUUUGGGAUCGUUGAGAAUUUAGUAGCGGGAAAAGACGGUGUCGUUAGAGGAGAGAGAUUGCGUACGGGCAAGUCUUAUGUCGUGCGAGUGAUUCAACAUUUGUACCCCUUGGAGCUUUCUUGUGACAGGGAGUUACCAGCACCAAUAAGAAUGAGGCCAGAGGCUGCUCCAUUCUAGCCAAGACGGGUCGCCGCUGUUGCAGCGCGUCUACGUUUACAGGAGAUUGGCCGAGAUGAAUAAACGGCCUAAACGCUUAUUUUGAUUAGCAACUUGCGUUGCCUUAUGGUUUUGAAUUAUAAACUGAGACAUUUUUUUUGUUCACUUUGAAGAAACUUACCUUCGUAUUUAUGUUUUUGAUUUAAUUCGAACUCGAUUGAAAGACAUAUAUCUCCUUCGAUGACAUAUGGGGGGGAGUGUUUCGGAAACUGUUGUGACGCAACGUAGGUAUGACGCUAAUAAGUAAUCAUUUACAAACUAAAAGAAAAAGAAAGUUUUGAGUUACAUGUGUAGUUUCGUUACAAAGCGAUCAAUAAAGGAGAAAAUUCUGAGUUAUCGAAGAAAUUCACAACAAGAGUCAAAGAGAGCCAUAUGAAGAAUCGGGCAAUAAGAAAAAAGAUAUAUAGUGCUCUCUCCCUGGAAUAUGAUUUGAUUUUUGUGCAUAAUUACACAGCUCUAAUCUGGAACAAUAUUUUAAAUUAUAUUUGUAGACGAAAGUGACGCAUGUCGAGUAACUGGUGGUUCUUCUAAGUGUACAUGUCAGGAUGGUUAUGAAGGAGAUCCGUGCAGGGGUGAGUGUCAGAGCAAGUUAGCGUCGUUGGUCUAUGAACAUUUGUAGAAUUUGCUGAUUUCUGUGAAUGUGAAAAGAUACCAACCAAUGCAACUAACUAGUUUUAAUUUUUCUUAAUCCUUUUUGAUGACGAGACCGCAUGGUAGAAAGGUUAAAAAUUUGGUUUCUACAGGCAGGUCUGGACGAAUGUACAAGCGGAGAUCAUGACUGCCAUAAAUAUGGUGUUUGCCAUAACGAGAUCUAAACAAACAGUUGUUAAAUAACUCCUUCAACUUGUUCUUUAGGCCUUUUGGACCUUAAUCAGAACUUGAAUUUUUAUCUUGACAGAUAUGGACGAAUGCUCAGCGAACACACAUAACUGCCAUUUAAAUGCUUUUUGCACCAAUACUCAGGGUUCUUUUAAAUGUUAUUGCAAAGAGGGUUACACUGGUGAUGGAAAGUCAUGUGGCGGUAAGACGCAAGAAUUUUAUCGGUCGACUGACUGGGAAAAGCACGUAACUUUACUCAAACAAGUGAAGAAUUAACUGAAACAAGGAAUCAAACAAAAAAGAAAUGAAUGAAUGAAUGAAUGAAUGGCUAUUUCCUCUCCUCUAAGGGAAAAUAUUUGUCACUUCUUUCACCUCUUUCUUAUUGUAGAGUAUGCGACUAAUUUUCAAAUGUUAUCAAGAGAAGGAAAAAGGCGUAAAACAUACAAAUAUUGUCAAAAUUAUGCCAAGGAAGUAGACCUUAGGCGAUCAUCAACCGGUUUGUUUUGAUUUAAAUUUCAUUAGUUAUAAAUGUAACGUCAUGUGUAUGGUUCAUUGCUUUACGUUAAAAAAAAAACCAGGAUUUCCAAAACGAUGAAUUUCAUCAUUAUUACCUGCUCAGCCUUUUAUCAGUUGAAAUUCUUGAACUUGUUUACCGAAUCCUCUUCCAUAUCUUGGGUUAGAAAUUCUUAAAAAUUUUGUUCAUUAAUUUGAGUCGUAACACCUUUUAUGUAUCUUCAAGAGUUCUCUGUAGCUAUAAUUAUACUUAUAAUAUUAUAAAUAUCUUAUUUCAAAUUAGCUUCUAUACCAGCCGAGUGUAGCCCUUCGCAGUAUCAAGAACUUAACGAAGCGGACAGAUACUGGAAUGCUUCCGUUAAGCCUUACCUUGCUUGCGAUAAGAAUUUUAGUACCCAUGGUGCGUGGUACCGUUUCACCGGGGCCGCUGGUUCAAUGAUGGCACCUUAUUGCAUUCCGAAAAAAAGUUGCAUUACCCAUGGAGCCGGCUGGAUCAACGGUAGCCAUCCGUCUGAAGCUUACCAGCUGGUGUCGACAAACGCUUGUUUUCACUGGGGGUCAAAUUGUUGUCUGAGGUCAAGUCCAGUUCAGAUACGAAAUUGCAGUGGAUACUACGUUUAUAAGUUACUAAAACCGGAGACGUGCUACUAUCGUUACUGCGGUGUGAACGGUUUGUACGUUUAUGUGUAGGUUUGUUAAUUACACAAUUCAUUUUCCUCGAUAUAACGCAACAUCAGCUUCAUGUUAAUAAGAAGACAACUAAAGUUGAAGAAUUGGCGUUUUCUAAAACGAUUGCCAUUAAAUUUUCGAGAAGGCUGAAAACAAUGAAACAAGUGCCUACGAUUAUCAAUGUUUUUCCCCAACCAGCUGUACAGUGUGUUUGAAAAAUGUGUCACGAAAGCAAAUUGUGCUAAUGAUAAUGCCUAUUGAUGAUACCGUUGUGAACUGAAGCACGUGGGAACAGAGUCAAAGAGAGUCGUAUGCAAGAUUGGGCACCAAAAAAAAGAUAAACAGUGCCCUCUCGCUGGAAUAUGAUUUAAUUUUUGUGCAUAAUUACACAGCACUAAUCUGGAACAACUUUUUAAAUUAUAUUUUUAGACGAAAGGGACGCAUGUCAAACAUCUGGUGGUUCCUCUAAAUGUCCAUGUCAGGAUGGUUAUGAAGGAGAUCUUUGCAGGGGUGAGUUUCAGAGCAAGUUAGCGUUGUUUCUCCUUACGAACAUUUGUAGAAUUUGCUGAUUUCUGUGUAUGUGAAAGGAUAGUUCACGCCUUCAUUGUUUCCGAACUCGAUCAUUGUAAUAUCAUUCUUCACUGGUUUCCUAAAUCACAACUAGAUUAGUUGUGUGUAAUAAAAUAUGUGGUUAUCGUUCAUCGUGGUAUAAGAUAGAAGAUGAUCUUUAUUCGUUUUUCUCAUGAUGGUGUUACUUUGGAUGAUGAUCGCGGCGUUUCGACUGCGAUACGGCUAGUCUUCCUCAGGCGACGAGGUCGAUUGCUUACGUGUCGCUACAUGUAGCAAGUUGGUUCGUUGCUUUUGGUGCAUUUCGAUCGUCAUCAUUAUUCCGGAUGUUAGAUGAUGUUCCCUCAUAGGUCCGCAUUGGUCGGCUGUUCUGUUGUUUGAUCGUGAGUAUCUUGGCCUAGGGAAUUUCAAUUCCACUUUCCCUAUUGAUGAGAAGGUACAAACGCUUUAUGUUGUUAUUCUCGGAAAACAGUAUUUUUAAGAUUCCCAUCUUCCAUAAGGGAUGUUUGAUAUUUCAUUACUUUUGUCAUAGACUAAAAAACUUGAUCUUCAGCUAUUGGUUCGAUGUAGUCUGCCUACUAUGCGGCCCCUCUUUGAGAUCUUUGACAGCCCAGGGGAUCUCUUAAACAAAUUUUCUAUUAGUGUUUUUUUUCAAUUUAAAGAAACUCCGAGAUAACCGAACACAUAUUUUCAAUCAGAGUUUCCCUUUUUCAUUUAUUGGUAUACAUCUGCUGUAAAAAAUACUAGUUCUCCUCCUGAUGUUUCACACAACUGUCUUGAUUUGCUUGAAUGUCAUUGCAGCUUGUCCAGUACAUUCCGUAGGCAUCAAGACAUCACUUAACGUUCAUGAUUGCUGGUGUAAAUACUUUUACCCAGGAGAUCCAGAAGUUGAUCCAUGCCGAAGACAAACAGAAAGUAAUACAUGAGAGAAAGUAGAGUAAAUCUAACCAUAAAGAAAACUGAAAUAUAGGUCAUUUAAUUAAUGAUCCAGUAUUCAACCAGAGUAAAACCUUUAACUUUGAAUUACGUCUCAACAGUUUUUUCAUGUAAUGAAAUAAAGGACUCCAAACGGAAUUUGGAAUUAAAACAACAACUUCUUUUUCCCCAUUUUAGGUGAUUUGAGAAGUAUUGAUGAUUCAAUAGAGGUUUUAAUCCAUGAUAUUAAUACACAACCGAGCAGCCCAAUGAAGUUUAGACGAGACCAAACAAGAAGACUGUUUGCAUCUUUAAAGACGGAGAACUUUCUUGCGCAUCAGGCCUCGUUCUCCUGGAAGAUAAGCCAACUCUCACUAUCACCUUUUAACAUUUCCAAUCAACCAGAGUUGCUAGUGCCCGACACUCUGGAGCUGAACUUACGACCAAACUUGCUGUCGACAGGACUUAAACUUGUAACAUUUGAGCUGCGACGAAAUUCCGGAUCUGAACUGACAGCUCGAGACUUUGCCUUCAUCGAAGUUCUUAAUUCGGCACUAGAAGUUUCCAUUGCGGGAGGAACUGAGGUUUUUCGAUCCAUAGAUAAACCAAUUUUAUUGGAUGCCAGUGCUUCGUAUGACACUAGCCCUAGUGCUGGCAGUUCUUCGGGAAUGAACUAUGAUUGGUCUUGCUUAAUAAUAACGCAAUCCAACGUCUCCAGAAACUAUACUCCAGUGUCUAACGUCACUUUUCGAGGUUCAGGUAGCAUAUACGACACAUUUGUCGGUGCGUCUACAAAUGGCAAUCUCUUUCAGUUGCCGGACGAUGUCUUUCUUCGGGGCGACGAAAAAGCCAUAGUGACUUUAGAUACUAAAAGACUCAUCAGCAAUCAAGCAUACUAUGUGGUUCUGACGGUAAUCAAGGAUAUCCGCGUUGCAAGUGGCAUUCAGAUUGUUCACGUUCGCGACGAAGAUGUAUUCUACAUUCGUAUUUUGUAAGUUUAGUUUAUGGCUACAAAGUAGCUGAAGUUUACUUAGUACUUAGAUAUUUAGUAUCUAACAUAAGAGGUGUCCUCUUCCCCGUUCUCAGUGCCGAGAAUGAACAACGUAGAAUAGAUUAAAGUCAAUUGAUCUCCACGCAAUCCCAAGAGAUAUGUUAAAUUAUUAUACAUUCAACUUGGCUAAAAUCAGCGCCUGAGACGUCAUCUAGCCGCAGAUUAUACGGAAAAUAAUCAUUUCAAGUCACUCAAGGUCACGGGCAAUCAUGUCAUGUACGACCGCGGUGGAUGGUCAUGAUUUUAAGGGUAAUCAUGUCAAGUACGCGCGCUUUGUGUUGCUUGCCGAGCAGAAGCAAAAACAUAUUUCCUUUUCGUUCAAGGAAAAAUAACACAAUCUUUAGCUUCGGUUUCUGUCAUAUACAGAAUAAUUAAGGUAAUGGUAAGGGUUAUCAGCCUCAGCCUUUGGCUUCGGCUGCUAUCCCCUGCCUCGACCUUGAUUAUUUUGGAUAUCACGAAAACCUCAUCCAAUAGUUGGAUACAACAUCCCUCUCUCAUCAAUGACCCUCCAACUUUGAAACAGAUGUUAAAUUGGUUAUGUUGCAAUAAAAGUAAUUACAAACAAAAGCACAAGCAUUUAUUCGAUGAUGGCAUGGUUGUGUAUUUUAAACUAGUACUUCCUAAAAAAAGAACUUAGCAAUGAUAUACAUUCCUUUCCUUGCAAAAACGAACCAUCGUAACAAAAUAAAUAAGGCCGAAUACAGGAGAUACGAUGAGCAGAACAUCACUACCUAUUUUCUUUGUACAGGUGCAUCAUGAACUGUGACUCACCAGCCAGUGCAUCUUCUCGUACCUCCUUCCGAACUGACUGCAAUUCAGUUCGUUGUCCGGCGUCCCUCAAGUAUAGAUGGAGCCUGCUGAAAAAUGAUGGAAACAAUUCUCACUCCAAAUGGUCUACUCAGCGACACUUUAAAGAUCUCCUGGGUACAAAAGUAGAUUCAAAAAACCUUGUGAUUAAAGAACAAAUGCUCGAACCCGGGUCCUCCUACAAAAUCAAGGUCGACGUUCUAUCUCCAAACGAGUCAUUUGGCUGGGCGGUAUACCAAUUCGAUACACUGGCAGUUCCAUCAGGAGGAACAUGUCAUGCCACUCAGUUGGAUAGGAAAGCUGUAGGAUCUUGGCUAAACAUAACCUGUCAAGGAUGGAGUGAUGAAAAUGUGCCUUUCACCUACGAAUUCUUCCAGGAAUCAAAAGAUGGAGAACUCGACAUGUUGUCCUAUGGAGUUAGGCCUUACAGUGUUGUUUAUAUUCCACCUUCUGAUGAGGAUGUUACUCGCCUUCGGGUUGCGAUUGUUAAUGUUUUUGGAGCGGCUAAUAAAGCAGGAUUUUCUAUCAAGGUAUUAGCAAUAUGAUGGUGAGAACCAAGCUUAAGUAAUUGAUAAAUUAUUUUGCAGUUUGAAUUCUUUGUUUGAUUUUAGAUAAAGGUAACCUCAUUGAGGUACAUUCGCUGCUCGCCGAGAUAGUUAGGAAAGCUAAAGGUUCCAUAAUAAUUUCGGAGUCCAUAUCUAUCUAGUAACGAUUGUUCAUCAGUGGUGCCUGUUUCAUCAACGCUGCACCGUAUAGUGGGAUGCGGAAGAUGAUGAAUUGGGUUUGCAAUUAGCCACGCCGCAAACGAGCGAAAACAGUCCAUAGCAAACAGUGGAACUUUUACAAGGAAACUGUACUCCCUCAUGCAUUUCAUUUUGUUGAUUACUUAUCACCGCAUAUCUACCCCAUAGUUUUCAUCAAGGGAAAAUAGUAGUACUUUUCCCCCGUAAAGAUCUUUAAUGCAGUCGGUGAUCUGCUCUAAUAAAACUUUCACUGUUUUGUUUUCACAGCUAAAUCAAUCAUCUUUGUUGUCAGCAGAAGAUAUAGACCAUAACGAGCUGCAAGAAAAAAUAUUUGUUAUGGAUAAUUAUUUUUCUAUGGGAAAAGUAAAUACAGCAAUACAAGAGGCAGACGCACUUCUCUUCUUACUUAAAAUGGCUGUAGAACAGGGUGAUGUGAAUAGGAACCUACUUCAAGUAAGUAGAGUGGAUUGAAUAUGAAAAUAAUGACUUUGCACUUUUUUCCAUAGAACUAACGUGUGGUUUAUGUCCCGCCGUUUAAUAUCUGUAACUGAUCAGCAGCAUAAUUUUAUCAGGUGCAAAACAAAGGAUUAAUUUUGUUCAAAAUAAUUUUUUUCAUUAAAUGCUGUGUAAAUAGGCUGAAAGAUUCCCACCAUGUAAGUCCAUGUAAGGACUCUCUUACCCUUCUUUGUUUUGUAUAGCUUUACAUAAGGUCUUUAUAUUGACGUCUAAAGUGUUGAAACGCGUGUUUGAUACAUUUAUCUCUUCGCUGCAGAUGAAGAAUCACGUUAUUUCUAAGAUCUGUGAAGUACAGAAUGAUGGCGGACUGGAGCGUAUUGCCCAGAUUAGUUUUGUCUUGAACAAAGCCACAAAGGACGACACCCUUGUCUUGUUCAAUACAACGGUAUGAUACUGAACUCAUUACCUCAUAUUUUUGUUUACAGAAUCAAACUUGAGUUUUAAUGCAGGUAAGACUGGAUUCUGGAUAAAGAACCAAGACUUCAUGAAAAUAUAAAUCAAUUGAUAAUAUCCAGGCAGACCUGUUUGUUGCAAACCUGAACUAUUUAUUUGCAUAACUUCAAAAUGAUUUUUAUCUUUCAGUUAACUGUAUUGGAUAAACUGAUGGAGAUGUCAACCCUCCUUUCACGAAGAAGCAGGUCUGAAUCCCCCCUUCUUCUCGAUGGAGGAAGAUUGUUGUUGCAUUGUACUACAAAUAUUAUGGGAUCCAGCUCCAGGAGAAUCCUUAUGUCUAAAAUUUCUGCUAACCUCGAUGAAGAGAAAGAGGUAUUCCCUUAAAAGUUUAUGAUAUUACACCUUCAUUAAGAGCCACAUUAUUUCCAGAAUUUCAAUGGAGCAAAUAUGAAACAAAUAUUUCUGAUGAUCGUGAUCCAUUUGGGUGCUAGAUCCAACUUAAGAUUUGUUUGCACUUUUAGAUUACCAUGGGAAAGAUAAUAUCUAACCGUUGCCAAGAGUUGACAGACAUGAUUACCAACACACUUCUGUCAUUUAAGCUGCCUGGGGAGGAAUACACCACCAUCAGCAAUGACCUACGAUCUAUUUUGCUCGGUAAAGAAGAGUCAAUGGACAUGAGUCUGUUAAAACUCAGAAAUGGGGAAGCCAGUUUUCAGUUCCCCUUUAUAAGUACCAGUACGUUGCAAAAUUGGCUUGGCAACGUCUUUGAGGUUGGAAUAGAGGUGUGUAGUUGUUGUUGCACGGAGUAUAUGGGGAUGGUAAAAGCUUUAAUUUUAAUUUAAUAGACAGACACACAGACAGACUCCUUUAUGAUUAAAUUUUAAGGCUCAGGGUUGUCCUUUCAGGCGCUUGAAAGCAACCUGCUAUCAAUAAGGGCCCCGAGCACAGUUACCUAGGACUACCAAAACAUGAAAUUGCAUAAAAUUAAUGUUUACACAUGCGUGCGAUCAACAUUUUAUACUCAAAAUUUAUGUUUACACAUGCAUAAGAUUGACAUUUUACACCUAGAAUUAAUGUUUAUACAGUAUAUUAUCAUCUAGAAAAGUAAUUAAAAACAUGAUAUUGUGUAAAUAAUUUAUUUAUAUCUCCUGUAAGAUAUGUUAGUUAUCUUUAAAAGCCGACAGGAUAACAAAAUGACCGUAACAGAAGGUGUUUUUUUUUACCUUCCCUUUCCUUCCCCCUUGCAACACACCUUAAAACUUUCUAACAGGUUCUUUUGAAAUAAUGCAAGACAGCUCUUUAUAAUCCGUCUCACUCACCUGAGAGGGUUCCGUAGUUCAGUAGGAAGGCAAAAUAGGAAAAAUUCGGCUGGACCUCUAGUCCUUAAAAGUGAAUAGCAUUUUUUUUUUUCGCUUUAUCCUCCUGACAAGUAUUAAACUGCGUUAAUCUUAUGAUAACGUCUUUUUCUACCUUGCAGAUGAUCUCCUAUAAUUUUAAUCCAUAUAUGUCGGACAGCAGCAGCCAGAGAAUAAAAUCAAAGGUUGUCAGCCUUGUCCUGAAGGAUGACACUGGGAAAGCUCUCAACACAACAAAUCUAUUGUCGGAUAUAGAAAUUGAUAUUCCAGUAUCAAAUUAUCAUCCCAAAGACAGCCCUCGACCGGAUCAUUUCCUAAACCCUAGAAGGAUGCAGUAUCACGUGAUAAUCGUACGUGAGGUCAAUAAUACCAUGAAAAUGACCAUUACGACAAAAGCAACAGCUUCUAUUACGGUCUAUGUAAAAUAUGCUGAACAGCCAACAGAGACAUCAUACGAUAUGGUGAUUAAACUAUCCGAUGAGAAAAGAUUAAACAGCAGAAACGACGACUGUGAGUUCAGAGGGAUUUGUUCGCACAGUAUCGUCAUAAAAUGCAGAUAUUCGGGCAAAUAUUACGUUGGCUUAUGGAAGAACAGUGAAUCUCGAACAGAAUUGUCAAAGUCAAGAGGUAGACGAUCCAUUCUGCCAAAGCAAGCGAUGCGAGAGAAGUGCGUAAGGUUCAAGGAUCCUCCGCCAACAGUUGCUCCUCAAGUAGAGUAUGUCAGUCUUGUCCCUCAGUACGACUUUGAUAAGUCAGUUAACUACAGUUUACAAGUGGAGACAAUCUGGUGUGCAUUUUGGUCUGAUACUGAGCAAAGAUGGACAAGCAAAGGAUGUAAGGUGAGGAAGCAUAGAAUGAGUCAUUCAAUAACAAAAAGAGACAAUGUAAUGCAUCCCAAGCCGUGUAACAGAAGUCUUUAAAAUAUUGGUUUUCAGCUAUUGGAAUGUUUUGGAGAUAGAACAAAGAGAUUUAAAGACACUUAAUGUAUUCACUAUGUCAACCUUAAUGUUUAAAAGCGACAAAGAUAACAACCACAGCGUUUCUUAUGGGUUUUCUCUAGAGGCAAGAUGCAAAAGGUAAUUUUCUUUUGAAAAAAAUCGCCUGGCUUAAAACGACAUCAUUUAUAUUCUAAAAUGGAAAAUAGAUAUAGACAGUAACUGGACGCUCAAAAUAUAUCCACAUCUUAACUAUUAUGUCAACUAGCUGCUUUUAAAACUACCACAGGUAAAGUUUUUGUUUACCGCUGCGUUGCAUUAAGCGCAAAUGUGUUCGUUCUUUGCCCAAGAAUAAUGUGCUCGUGCGAAUCUUGCCACAGCUAUGAAUCGUUUUCAGACGCGAAUCAUCUCAUUGCAACGGGAAAUUCCCGUUUCAAUGUCUAUGUUGAUAAAUUUUAUAGCAGCUGAGCUAUAAAACUCCCUUUUACAGAAAAUUUCCAUAUAGAAGCUAAUUAUAGGCUCUUUGUCGCUGUAUAACCUGCAGUAAGAGCUCAACUCACGAAUAAUUGAUACUCUCUUGAACUUAAAAUAUAUCAGAACCUAACAAGCGUACUUAAAACCAUAAAUGAAAUACACUGAUUUGCAGGUGAGCCGAGAAUCAAACCAUUCUUCCCUAAAAUGUCUCUGUAAUCACUUGACUGCAUUUGGGGGAGACAUUCUUGUGGCACCAAAUACCAUUGACUUUCCACUGGUCCAGCAGACAUUUGACAACGUGGACCCUGAUGACCUUCUUGUCUUGAUAACAUUGUGUUCUAUCUUUCUGGUUUACUUUCUUGUUUUGAUAAAAGCACGCAGGGCUGAUAAAGUGGAUGCCUCAAAGGUUGGUGUCAAAUCCAAAAAAAAAAAUAUUCAAGCAAUGACGAUGUGGUUCGUUGUUUGUUAAAAAAUGAAAAAAAAGGCCUGAUCAUGGUUAAGUGAGUAAAAACAUAAGUCGACCUGAGGACGAAAUACAAAUAAAGAACUUAAGGGAUCACAGAGAAGAAGCCAGCUUCUUUAGAUCGAAAUAUUUAACGCAGUUCACCAGCUAGGAUCAUUUCUUUUCUUGAAAAACCUCACCAGCUAACAACUAAGAAGUUUCACCGACUGAAUUUAAAUGUCAUCAAAUUUUAAUUUCUACCCACCUUUAUUUGACAAAUAUAUUGGACGUCUAAAGGUGAAUACCUUCUAAAACUUAUUAAUUUCAUCUACAAAUAGUUAUUUCAGAAUACACUUGUUCAAAAGGCAAGACACCCCUUAAAAACAUUUUGUUGAGACAAGCUUGAAGCAAAUGGUCUCUGUGAGGUUUAAUUUCCAGCUUGACGAUUUAUUUAAAACAAUAAAUAAUGCCGACUCAAUUUGCUUUUCUUUUUAAGGACAGUCCUCUGAUACCCUUGGCGGCGCAUCAAAAUGGUGAUUACAAGUACGAACUAUCCAUAACAACUGGGGGAUGGAAAAAUUGUGGUACUACUGCCAACAUAUCCAUUAUUCUACAUGGGACUGAAAAUACCAGUGACGUUAUCAAACUGACAUGUGACAUCCCAUAUGAAAGGACACUGUUUGCCGAAGGCAACACUGAUAAUUUUUUUAUUCGACAGGAAAUGCCGCUGGGCGAGAUAAUUUCUUUGCAGAUCGGCCAUGACAUUUCUGGCGAGGACCCCUCUUGGUUUAUUAGCGAGAUUUUAGCUGUGGAUUGCCAAAGGGGACGAAGAUGGUUGUUCAGUUGUUACCGCUGGCUUGCGCUAGAAAGAGAUGACGGUCAGACCACGAGGAUAUUUUAUGCAGAUGAUUGCAAAGAAGGCGAAAAGUUCAGAAGAAAAUUUAGCGCAUUACGAAGGAAUGGUUUCGCUGAUGAUCACUUGUGGCUCUCCGUGAUCCGCAAGCAGCCAAGGAAUCCUUUCACUCGCGUUCAGCGAGCAUCCUGUUGUUGGAGCCUUCUCUUGCUGUCAAUGGUAACAUCCGCUAUGUUUUAUGAAACAGAGGACCUAAAACAGAGAAAAAUAGUGAUUGGACCUUUUUCACUGACUCCGAGUCAACUUGUCAUCGCGUUGGAAAGUGCCUUAGUUGUUGUGCCUGCAAGUCUGCUAAUUGUGCUCUUGUUUCGUAAAAGCGAACCUGGGAAAAACAGUCAAUGGAGCCGGUAUCAUUUGGUGGAAAACAAGAGAAAAGGAUGGUGUUUACUUCCUCAUUUCUUUGUAUACAUCGCAUGGUUUCUCUGUGUGAGUAUUGCAAUUACUUCCGCCCUUUUUACGGUGUUUUACUCUCUCUUGUGGGGAGGAGAGAAAUCGUCCCGCUGGCUUACAUCUGUUCUGCUUUCCUUAACCGGUGAGGUGCUGGUCAUCCAGCCCGUCAAGAUAAUCAUUGCAUCUGCAGUCUUAGCAUUACGGUACAGGAGUGGUGGCAAGUCAACAAAUAAAAGUUAUCUAACGGAUGCAUCCAACAAUUUGGAUCUUUCAUCGAUAGAUGUCGAACGAGCCGGACAGUAUAGGAAAAACAAGAGGAAAAUGUAUGCAUUCACGAAGGAACUCUUGUUUUCUUUAGUUUUUCUUGUGAUUUUAUUGAUCGUCUGUUAUGGAGACAAAAGCAGGCAGAGAUAUCAUCUACGAGCUGCAAUAGAAAGCGAAGUCCAGUAUUUCGAUAAUGUUGGACGGUACAAGGUAUGUUUCUGUCGACCUUAAAUCAAUCAGUGCCUAUGGUUUGUCUUACUGAAAUAACUGAAAUGACUUUUGUAAAUAUUCAAGGUCGUACGUACGUUCUCAUUGAUAGAUGGUGCGUUUAGAUAAGGGUAAGUAACCACGAUUAUUUCCCAGAUGUAUUUAUCAAAGCAACAGAGGAUUUUUUUCGAGUAUUUUCAUCGCCUCUUAAAAGCACUCAGGGGGUUGGGAAAAUUUAAGAAAGUUAUGCAAACCUGAGACAGUCAAGAGCUUGCAUAACUUCUCCCAAUCCCCUUCAUGUUAAGAUGAAACUAUGCAAACGCGGAAAAUGUCCUCUAUUUCCUAAAUGGUGUUUUGAUUCAAAGCUUUAAAGAUCAUUGAAUCUAAUGGUGUUAGUCGAGAUGGGUAUGUACUUUAACAUUUGUAAAAGUUUGGUUCAGUUAGGAUAUCAAUGAUGUUGGUUCGUUGUCGUUUUCAAAUUUUCAUUGAAAAUAAUUUUAAAUGUUUAAAAUUACCAGAUAACCAACGUGGCUCAGUUUUGGAGGUGGCUGGAGGACGCGUUUGUCCCAGCAAUCUUUUCAGAGGGCUGGUACAAGGAUCAGGAGGAAAAAGGAUUAAAGUACAUCAGAAAUGGUCGAUCGACUCUGGUCGGCAUGCCUCGCCUAAGGCAACUCAGGGUCAUGAAAGGUAAGCAUAUACCGAAAUUUUAAGGACUCAGUAGUAUGACUGUGACAACACCGAUACGUUCUCGCGGUUUGGUCAUCCCAAGAAGAUGUUUUUCUUCGUUCUCUAAUACUACUUGGAUUUUUAUAGCAUCUAAUCCACUCUUAAAAAGGAAAAUGAGUACAUUCAAACUAAGAAUUUUUACCUCCAAGCCAAUUAACUAAGCAACACGUAAAGAUCGAGAAAAAUUAUUGGCUAGUUGUAAAGACGCCAUUAGAGCAAUGUCUUCCAUGAUUGAAGAAAAGAAAUGAUUGAAAUGUAAUAAUUAUCCCUGGAACUUGGAUCUUUGAAAAAAAGGGUCUAAACUCAUUACUUUCUUUGAACAGAUUCCUGUGUGUUUCAGCAAAUAUUCAAAAGCAUGUUUACUUAUUGCUACGGUCCCUUCUCUAAGAACGGAGAAGACAAAAGAACUUGGAUUGACCAGAAUAGUUCCUCAGUUCUCUGUCCAGAAAAUUGGGAGUACAACGGAAAUGGUGGCUCUGAUACUUGGGGCCGUUUUGCUGUUUACAGUGGCGGAGGAUACAUAGCUAAUUUAGGAUACAACAAGUUUACAGCUAAAAGAAUUGUCCAAGACUUAAAAGAAAACAAUUGGAUCGAUCGUCAGACCAGAGCUGUACUGGUGGAGUUCUCGCUGUAUAAUCCACCGAGUAACCUUCUUGCCGUGAUGACUUAUUACUUCGAAGUCCUUCCAUCAGGCUUUGCCGGCAUAUUAAAGAGUUAUGGAAUUUUGUCUCUGAGUGCAACGAACCCUCAAGCCCAUAACAUUUACUUGCUUUUUGCAUUUCUGUUUGGCAUUCUACUUGUUUGCUUCUUCAUUUUGGAAUGCAUCAAACUCUGUCGUCAGAGCUGCUUGUAUUUCAAGUCAGGGUGGAACUGGUUGAACAUGCUACAGAUAGUCACUGCAUCAUCAGCAUUGUUCCUCCAAUGGAUGAAAACCAAGGCAGCAAAAAUAACGUUGUUCAAACUAAAGCAAAACCCUUUUGUUCCCAUUGGCUUCCAUGAGGUGUUACUUUGGUCUGACCUUGAAAACCUGGUCAUUUGCAUAGCGUCCGUAAUUGCCACAUUGCGUCUUCUAAAAUGCUUUUACUUCGUGCCACAAAUUAUAGUUUUCUCGUGGACACUCCGCAGAUCCUUUCCUUCAAUAUCUUCUUUCUUUUUGAUCUUUAUGGUAGUAGCGAUAGGUCAUUCUUUCUUAGGGGUCAUCGCCUUCGGAACCAAUAUUUACAUGUUCUCAUCAUUCAUAGACGCCAUUUCGUCGCAGUUUCUGAUGUUCCUUGGAAAAAAUAUUCCAGUAAAUGAACUGAUUUCUACAAAUCCUAUAUUGGGACGUUUUUUCUUUUUUAGUUUUGUCGCCAGUACGACAAUUAUAAUCGUAAAUACGUUCAUUGCAACCAUAAAUGAGCACUAUGCUUCUUCAAAUUCUGAUAAAGGAGGAGAAGACUUAGAACUUGCACAGUUUAUAACCGACAGAAUUAGUUACACUUUGUUUGGCCAGAAAUCCAACAGAAACCAGCCAUGGGCAGAACAGAAGAACCACGAGCUCUUCGGUUCCGAAAUUAUCGCAGAAAAUUGCUCGCCGGAAGAAACUACUCCGAGUACCUUAUCUUCAACACCGCAUCGUAGCCGUAAACCUAAAUUAUCUUUUAAACUAGACGCGGCCGAGUACGAGAGUUUACAACUUCGAUAA